AUGGUAAAAGCUGGUAAGCAUGGUAACAGUAUCGGCGGCCGGGAGCCGGCGCUACGAGUUCUAUAUAGGUUCCGCUCUUACGUACGCCCCACCUCACAUAGAAGAGGGGGAAGCCCUUCAAUAGAAGAACCCGUGGAACCGUUGUUUCCCGGGAACCUUGCAACCUUACGGUUCUCAGGAACCGGUCGUAUCGGCCCGGGCUUGCGGUUCAUUACAAUUACACCAAAAGCUUUCAGUUCACUAUUGAAGCUAUCGAGAGAGUACCAAAUGCUGACGGUGACGAAGGUUACGUUACCGACUUUCGGGGGACGCGGAGCCAACGAGUUCAUUCGAACAGCGUAA